CCUCGUCAGACUUUGCGACAAGGCGUCAUCAGAAAUCGACAGACAGAGCAGACCGAUGGCUCCCGUCGUCAAGCCUCAACCGUAUUAAAUACUAUUUUAAUUUUACUGCAGCUUUGGUGGAGUGGUACUAUGUCUUCGGGGAUGACUGGGCAAACACCGUGCCUAACCAGCCGAUGGGAUAAGACAGCACAACCUAAACAGAGUGUAGAUGUGAGGCAGCAGAGGAGUAGUGAAAAUGCAACCCACUCAGUCUCUUUAUCAGGAGUCGUUGGCACUGCUGGCAAAGCUUCCCAGUCACCACAAACAGGAGAAAAGCCAGUGCCUCAGGGAGGAGUUGAAAUGGCUGCAGCCAUGGCUGCUAAAAUAAAUGCCAUGUUAAUGGCAAAAGGAAAGCUGUUGACACCUCCACCAUUACUUGCAAAGAUGCCUCGAAGUGUGCCUGUGCCAAAUACUAUAGAAGAAAUGGUUGUCACAGAGGUCGACAUAAACGAUGUACCGAUAAAUUGCAGAAAUGUUCUUACUAAAGGCAAAACACAGGAGGAGAUCCGACAGGUUAGUGGAGCAGUCGUCUCAACAAAAGGCUAUUACAUGUCUGACAUUGAAAAAGGCAAACCAGGACAAAGACCGUUGUAUUUGCAUGUCCAGGGAAAGAGCCAAGACCAGGUCAAUAAGGCUGUGCUGAGGAUAAAGGAGAUAAUUUCUGAGGACCUGUUGAGGGCCUCGGCAGCAUCAGGAGGACAACAGGUGCCUGUAAUGCCUCCGCUCACACUUUACCCACAGCCUCCUCGACCUGUCAUUACCUCACCCGUGCCACGGAUGCCCAACACAAAUUCAGUGCCAGGACAUCGGCCUGCAGCUCCUCAUUCAGGGAGUUUUGUGCACACAAAAAUAUUUGUGGGUCUGGACCAGGCGUUGCCCUCUUUCAACGUUAAUGAAAAGGUUGAAGGUCCAGGAGGUUCGUACCUGAGUCAUAUCCAGGUGGAGACAGGGGCUCGAGUCUUUCUCAGGGGAAAGAGUUCUGGCUACAUCGAACAAGCAUCAAAACGAGAGUCUUUUGAGCCUCUUUAUGUCUACAUCAGCCACCCGAAUUCAGUUGGAUUGGAGUCGGCGAAGAAACUCACUGAAAGUCUGCUGGAAACUGUGAGGGAGGAAAAUGCCCGGAUGACAUCGAUGUACACAUCCACCGGCUCAACACAACCAUACGCAGCACAUGGAUUUCAACCUAAUAGCAAUUACUCUAGCCAGGGAUCCUGGUAUAACUACCCAGCAAAUGGGUAUGCUGGAGGCUAUUCAGCGUACUCAGGAGCCAGUGGUUAUUGGAGUAAUGCAAAUGGUCCCCCAAGUCAUUCUAACAUGUCGACAAACCCUCCAUCUUCUCAGGCAAUGGUUCAGUAUCCGGUGUGUCCUAGGAAACCACAUCCCUAUCUCGACCAGGAUUCUGGCAGCAGUGAGACAGUGGAGCCUGAAGGAUGUUUAAACACCCCUCCUGACUCAGGAAGUCCCAGACGUCAUUUCCAGGAGGGGUCAAAGGAAGAACAGCCUAUCAGCAGAUCUCCAGAGGGUCCGGCUCAUCAAGAGUCUGCACUUCCUGCCUCCAGUGUUGGAGUGGAGAAAGUAGUAGAAAGGAUUCUGAUGCCUCCGCCGCCACCUCUCUUUGUGGCUCCUGCCCCUGUUGCACGCAAAAGGCCGAGAGACACGGAAGAUCCAGUCACCCUGCCGGGCAUCGUCGUGCCAAUGGGUGCUCAAGAGGAGGUGGGCGAGAAGAAGUCGAAAGUGGAAGACGAUACAUCGGGGCUAGUGCCCUACGGAGGAGACUCCUCCGAUGAAGAGGAGGAGAGGACACGCAGCAGUAAGACCGAUAACUCAUAACCCCUGCCCCACCCCAUCCCCACUGUCCAGGAUACCCACAGACCCAAAGUCUACUUCAGUAUAUCAACACUUCUCAAACACCAUAGAAGGAAAAAUCCACCCUCAGUUUCAGUUUUUUGACUAUACCAGUGUUUUGCUAUUUUCUUUUACCCCUUUUACUACAAAGAACGAAAACAUUGACCUUUUACAAGCUAAGUUUGACAUUGUUUUCUUUCCAUCCAUUCAUCUCUGUAUGGCACUUAAGAGACACUUGUUUGAAAUUCCUGGUACCACUUUAUGUACUGACAUCAUUAAAUGACUUAAAAGCCAGGUGACCAAGCUUCCUACACUGUCAGGUUGACAAUCUUUUAUAUAGCAUUAAUGUAACGUACAGAUGAUUAGUAGUAAACAGGCUGAAGAUGGGAAAAACCACUGGUAGGGUCUUUGCAUUGUCACCGGUUUCUGAUGUUUGGUGUUGGUUUUGCUUUGUGUACUUCUGUUUCAGUUAGUCUUUUAAAAAUUUCUCCCAGAAUGCCUUUCUCUACCCCCUCACACAAUGGGUAUGAACCUAUUGGUUUUAGUAUAGGUGGGGAUAUUUGCAUUUAUGCCCACCUAAUAAAGAAACUAGAUAUAGAAAUAUCCCACCAACUAGUUAAUUGUGCGUAUGUUUGCAGCCACGACUUAUAAAGUGAAGCCCAUCGUGUGGCAUCAUGCUCAAUAGGGAAUUUUGAGGUUAUGGUUUUAGAAAAUACAAAUCUUUUUUCCAGUGUUUUUCUCCUUUGUGUUAUUGCUGACUUGAUAGAAGCCUGAAAACGUACACUUACAAUGUCUUAAAUGGCAAAGACAUUUUCUGUUAACAAAAAAAAUAUAUAUAUCACUAUUAAACACAAUAUUCACUUUUAACAGUGUAGAAGUAUUCAGGGUGGAUUUUUCCUUUUUUUAAGAUGUACUAUUUUAUUACUAUAAAUGGAUUUUUAUUUCUUAAAACACUUUUUCAAAGCAUAUUUUUGUUCAUCUAAAACAAGCCCCUUAUUUCCCUUUUGAAUUUAAACACUUGGUCUGCUGCAAUUACUGAUGCUAAAAAUACAUAUUGUAAAAUUAAGUUAACUUUUUUUCUUAUCUUGGAAAAUGGUGUGUGCCUAUUCCCGUGGAAUACUAUAAUAAAAACACCUGAAAACCCCUUA